ACUUUUAUUUCUCCGAAACCUGGCCAAGGACUACGAAGCUUGUGCGGUUCGUUCUGGAAGAAAGCGGCAAGAACAACGAAAAUGUUGAGAACUCGAUUGUUUUGGUUCAGCGUUGGAUUUGGGGCCGCGGCUGCUUCCAUUUCGCAAUUCGUUUGGAAAGAUCUAUUGGCCUAUCGAUCUGCACUUUCCUCUGAUAUGGAGCGGAAUUUUGACGCCCUGGAAGCUAGAAUCUCGAAUCUGGAGUCAGUUCGGAACCGGAAUUCGGUUUCAUCUGCUGAGCAGGCCAAUGAUUAAUUCUUCAUGAAGCUCGUUAUUUAGUUGGUAGCACACAGGAGCAAGGCAAUUUGAUGAUGCCUUGGAGGUGGAUUUUUGUCCCACAUUUGUGAAGGAAGAAACCUCAUAACGGAAGGUGUAACUCUUACCAUUUUCCUACAAGUAAAAUUUGUAUAAAAAGUGAACUUUUUUUACAUUUUAUCCUACUUGAGAAUGAGAUGGUUAAAAUCGAUCCAUUGUUUUUAUGACUGCUGUGAGACUUCUUCCAAGUUUAAGCUGAAAGAUACUUCGGGUAAGAAACAGAUUUCUGUGUUGUUUAGUUGAAUUCAAACUGUUGUUUAUGCGGUUAAA